ACGUGAAGGCAGCAUUAUUAUUUUUGAUUGUGUGAUGUUGUUGGGCACACGACGGGGAAAACAUGGUAACGUUACGAGUUUGGACGCGAUGCUAACCUUUCUGGAAACGGAGUUGAUGGGCGCAGACUAUUUCUGACCUCGGUGCUGCGUUUGUAUUGCGUAGCUCGCAGUUUUGGAUCCUGCUGCUACUUUAUGACGGCGAGAGAGAAUAACGGACCACAGCUGACGGGCGGUUCGGCCGUUGGACCCGUCCAGCACACCGCACCGUGAUGUGCCGUUGGGCUAAAGCUAACGCUGCAGGAGGCUGACAUACACAGAGAAACGUCCGAGCUCGACGCAGGGGGGCCGGUGAUGGGAAAUGACAGUGCGCUGUUCCACAUUCAUCCGCCUGAGCGAAGGAGGACAGAGUCAACCCCGCGGGCGGAACAUCCUCGCAGAGACGACGCGCUCUGAACGCCGUUACUGCGCACGUUUUGUUUUGUUGUCGAGCGCCCUGUGCGAUAAUCGCAGAGAUGUCCUUCACAAUGGAGGAUAAUUUGGAGUCGGGCUGGGUUGCCGUUCGCCCCAAUGCGUUUGAGGAGAAGGAGAAACACAAAUUCGUCUUCAUCGUCGCCUGGAACGAGGUGGAGGGUAAAUUUGCGAUUACGUGUCAUAACAGGACGGUGCAGAGGAGAAUGUUCGGGAGGGAUCCUCUGGCGGAGGCGACUGGCCAGGAUGUGGACCGGACAAAAUGGCCCGAAAGUCCUCUUAGGGAUAAAGUAUCCACGAGACUUGGCAAAGGAGCCGCGGAGGUUGCGGCUAAGUCCGCCACAGCAUCAAAACUAAGUCCUGUCAAAAUCCAGACUGUGAAAUCAUCUCCCCUCAGUGCUGACACCGAGGGGUUCGGUUCGUUAGGAGAUGAGCUGUCCCCCUCCCUGGACAGUUUGGACCUGAAGGAGCAGGACAGGCUGAGCAGUGAGGACUGCAACUGGGCCGGACUCUUCUCCUUCCACGACCUGAGGGCAAUCCACCAGCAGCUGUGCUCGGUCAACUCGGACCUGGAGCCCUGCCUGCCCGCAUUCCCAGAGGAGCCAGCCGGAAUAUGGACGGUGCUUUUCGGGCCGGCUGAAGUGUCCCAAACCGAAAUGGACGAGCUGUGCUACCGUUUACAGGUGUACCUGGGCCACGCGCUCGAUACCUGUGGGUGGAAAAUCCUCUCGCAGGUUCUGUUCACGGAAAACGACGACCCGGAUGAGUACUACGAGAGUCUGAGCGAGCUGAGGCGCUCCGGGUACGAGGAGGCGCUCAACCGGGCAACCAAACACAUGCAAGAGUUGCUGGAGAAGCACAAGGCCGUGGACAGCAUGGUGGAGCUGCUUGAGCUCUAUGAAGAAGAAGAUCAAGCCUAUAUGGGCCUGCUGGAGGCCUCCACACAGCUGUACCAGUACCUGCUGCAGCCCUUCAGAGACAUGAGGGAACUGGCAAUGCUCCGCAGACAGCAGAUCAAGAUUUCCAUAGAGAAUGACUACUUGGGCCCAAGGCGCAUUGAAUCUCUAAAAAAAGAGGACUCUGACUGGCAGAAGAAAGCCCAGGAGGCGGUUCUCAACAUCCAGGAGUUUACUGUCAAAUACUUUGAGAUCACUGCCAAAGCUCAGAAAGGCGUGUACGAGCGCAUGAGAGUGGACCAGCGUAAGUUCGGUAGGUCCUCAUGGACCGUGGCGGUGGGGCGCAUGGAGCGACUUCGCUACUCCGUCGCCAAGGAAACCCUGCAGCUCCAAAGAGCCAGAGAGAUCUGCCUGGAGCAGAGGAAGCACACACUUCGAGAGGAGAUGCAGUGUCUGUGUAGCAGCGAGGAUGCUAUGGCCCUCCUAGACCACCUGGAGACACAGUACUAUGAGCUCCAGCUGCAACUCUAUGACAUCCAGGCUGAGAUACUCCAGUGUGAAGAGCUGCUUCUCACUGCUCAGCUCGACAGCGUUCGCAGACAGAUGACGGACUGUCAGGAUGAGGUGGUGUACUAUGACACCUUUGAAAGCGCAGAUGAUAUAAAGGAGGAUAAUACUGCAGAGAGGGAAGAGCUGCGCAGACUCCAGGUCAGUGCUCGACAGCUGGAGGCUCGGAGGGGGCGCAUCACUGCCAAGCGCUCCUACCUGAGGAACAAAAGGGAGAUCUGUGUAUCAAACCACCAUCUGAAACAGCAGAAGCGUCCAAGCCUCCAUAAAGAUGCUGUGUCCUACCAGGUCUUACAGCUUAAAAUUGUCGAGGAGGAAGACGAGAAGAGGAGGAGCAGCAGAGUGAGUCAGGAGCGGCAGAAAACGCUGGACAGGCUCCGCACCUUCAAACAACGGUACCCGGGCCAGGUGAUCCUGAAGUCCACUCGGCUCCGCGUGGCCCACAGCCGGCGGAGGGACCAGGGCAGGGAGGAGCGCAUGGACUCUGUCUGUGUGCGGACGCAGGGCCAGCCGCUGUGCCUCAGCACCAGCGUGCAGACGGACCCCAGCACCACCCUGACCACGCAGCCCGUCGCGGGUCUGACCGCCUCCCUGCCCUUGCUGCCUGUUCCCAGUCCUGCGGACUCCUCCUGCUCUCCCUGCUCUCUGUCCUCGCUGCUGGCAUCCCCCGUCUCACCUCCUCCUCCACCGCCUCCCCCGCCUCCACCGCCGACAAAGGAAGAUUUGUCGCCCUCUGGGAGCCCACGCCGGUUUGGGCAAAAGGCUGAGGGAAAAGAUGUAGCGGAGGACCUCUCUCUCUCACCAAUCGGCCCGUUCAUCCCUCGCUUCUUUGACAGCAGUCAACUGGUGAGCGCCCGCAAAAAGCUGAGGAAGACUCCGGAGUUUGACACCCACAGCAGAAGAGGCAGCUCACCCAUGGACGAGGUGCUGGCCUCCCUGAAGAGAGGCAGCUUCCACCUGAGGAAGAUCGACCAACGCUCCCUGACUCGUCCCAAGGGUGACGACGACCCCAACAGCAUUCUGGCGCAGAUUCGCAAGGGGGUCAAACUGAGGCGCGUCCCCCAUACGGAGAGGAAGGACCAGGGGGAGUUCCCAGCAUCUACCGACCCCCUGACCCGGAGCAUCCACGAGGCCCUGCGCCGCAUCAAGGAGGCCUCCCCGGAGUCAGACUCGGAUGACGAUGGGCUGGCUGCUCCCGAAUGGGAAAGCUAGAGCUCUCACACUCCAAUGUAUUGCAUCUUAGAGUGUUGUACUGUAAACACACACACACACACACAUGUGGCUCCUUGCUCAAACUCAAGCACACACAGCACAGUCCUGUGUAUCACCAACUCACUAAACACUCCAAAGGUCAACGUGUUUGUGUGUUUUUCACACUAUGUUCACUAUCAUGACGAAACCUUUGUGUUUCCAUCAUUUACACUGUGUCGCCGGACUAAUAAUGCCAUGUUAUAUUUAUCAGUUGUACUGUAGAGAAGAGCUCGUCACUGGCUGCUUGUGUUCGCAUUCUGAAACCACACGAUACACAUCACACACCAACACACUGCACUGAUAAUUACUGUAUUUAUGAAACUGAAAACCUCAUAGAAGAAGUGUGCGAUUUUCCAAUUCAUCCAUUCAAAAACAUCAGAAACAAGAAAUACAAUGUCAGGCAUAUGUGUUUUUUUAGUGGUUGGCAGCUCUCAGUCAUGGGGGAGCACUAGAUUACCCAGAUAUUUGAACUGGGCUCACUGGAUUCACUGUCUAGACUGUAAAUCAUUACACAAUCAAACACCAGCUGUCUCCAGUUUAGAUUCAGCCUACAUACUAUGCCUGAGCCACACUGUGCCACAAGCUGGCUUUGUCCUGUCACACGUGCUCGUCCCGGCAUCAGUGAGGACCACUGCUCGUCUAAUCUGACACUACAUGAACGCACUAAAUCCUUUGGUUUGUCACACUGGACCCGAGCCCUUCCCCCGCCCUCGUCGUCCUCCAGCCUCCUCCGCCGUCCAACUCUCACCUCCUCUCCUCUCUGGGUGAGGGAAUAUGUAUCGGCCCAUCUGUUGGGUAGCAGCAUAAGGCCAGGGCCGGGCGAUGCACUUUGAAUAAGUUUCUCCUUUAGUGCCACAUCUGACAGCAUCUCUGGUCUACAAGCUGGUCACCUGGAGCCGCAGCCAUUAGAGGAAGGGUUAUCUGCUGUUCAGAGCUGUUCAGAGCUGUUCAAGGCGGCGGCCGUGGCUCGUGUCAGCAGUCUUAGUGAAGUGUGGGCAGACUUAGUCAGUGAUUCCCGAACUUUGUAUGUGGGAUAGUUACAGCAGAGCUGUGAGCGCAGUCACGCUUGUUUGAAUGAUGGAUGGUGUGUGGGAGGUUGGAUUCUCUCGGCGCCGCAGGGAGCCGCCGUGGGCCGAGGAGCAGGCGGUCAUGAUUGAUGCGGUUUCUUCCGCCGUCUUAUUCAUCCUCUCCUCUUCUCCAUUGCAUCUUUACAGUUGUCUGUGCUUGGUGGGCAGGACCACACUGUUGACAAUCUACCGUUCACAGAGCCGGAAGUGAAAUCAUGAUCAUACAACACACAGACUAAGCCGACGGCCGACAUGUGUAGAGACGUUUUGUCCUCAGCACUUUUCGAAUAUUACAGAUCACUUUAUGUACAGUAACGUUGUUCAUCACUGGUUAAACACUAUAUCUGUACUAGUCAAAGGUUUAUUACUGAUCACCGAUAUGGACCUAAACAAGUGUGAUCAAAAGCGCAGCACAAACGGACCAGCGACAUAUUUAGCAACACAUAAAUUCACACAACUACACAUGUAAUCAUGAAGUAAAAAGGGGGGAAUUCAGCCUCCGCAUGUAAUGUCCUACACUCCGAUGAUGCAAAGAUUUGCGCUUUUUUUCACCCUCACAUUUAAGUCAUAGGGGAGACACUAAUGUAGAAGGUACAGGUAUGGAGGCAUGUUGCCUGGCACAACUGGAAGGCGGCUCAGCGCUAAAGAGAGUUUGUUGUUUCCCUGACCUCGGACAGCUGUUUUUUCAUGGUUACCUCGUCAUGUAGCACAGGACAGAGAUCGAACCUUGACCCGGCACUUAACAUGAACCUAACCCAGAACUUUGCCUUGUAUUAUAAGCCACUUAUCACCCGACUGACCUUAUAAACACGCAGUUGUGCGUUUUACACUGACUUUUACCUAUAAAUAACCCUAACCUUAACUUAAAUGUGAUUUUACACUGCAUUUCAUGGCUUUAUUCACAUCCUGUUUUAUCCAAAGUAUUUCCAUUGAAAUUGUUUUGUGAUGUAUUCGCAUCUGACCAAUUCCUUAUGUGUGUGGACCUGUUGUCUGCACAGGUUGACUGAACAUGGCCCUCAGCCUGAAUUAGCCACUCGGUCACUUAAGAAGUGCAAUAUUAGUACAAACACAAGAAAGGGGAUUAGACAAUAAUGAGUUCAGAUUGGCUGCUUACUACAAUGGGCUGGAUUAAGUGCUGCAGUUGUUUUUACACACUAGCGUGUAGACACACUGUUCACAGGAAACCUUUUUGCCUUUAGUCCUACCAUUUGCAUUUAUUCAGUUUCUUUUAUUUACAACCUUGCCCCCUGCAUUUGAAUAAAACCUUGUGAAGCAAA